GUCACGAAAAUUUGCCUUUGGCCGACCGUAUUUUUAUAAUAAUAACCUCGUCGGCGCGAAAACUUAUUCAUGACUAGCUGUCUUGAUAAUAUCUUGUCAGUGGUCGAGUCGCGUGAAACGUGAAAUUCUCUCCUCGGCGGUCAGCGCUCUCUUUUUUUAUACAUAACGUUUCCAUUCUUAGGAGAAAAUUAUAUGAUCGCAGUCUGGUGACGCCAUGUUCUAUUCAUAUUAUGUCUAUGGCGUGAUAAGAGACGGGCGCUAAUUUGGCGUGUUGACUGUUGAGUCUACGCUUUCGUUUGCCGUGGGGAAGCCGUGUUGCUUUCGGAUCGUUUUUCUCAAGAGAAAACCAGAGAGGUUCGCGUGAGAAGAUCAUUCGGGAAGCCGUCACGAUGUCGGUCUCUUCCUCGGUCACUGCCAAACGAGAGGAGUUUCGCAAGUAUCUGGAGAGAUGUGGCGUAAUGGACGCCCUCACGAAGAUACUAGUCUCACUCUACGAGGAGACUGAAAAGCCAGCUGACGCUUUAGACUAUAUACGUAAGAAUAUUGGUGGUGCUGUGGACAACAGUACUUCAGAAAUCGAUAGCUUGAAGAAAGAAUUGGAGGAGUCCAAAGCUUACAUUGCCGAAUUGAAAUCAAAAUUAAUAAAGUAUGAAUCAAAGGAUGAAGCGACGGCCGAGUAAUUGUGACGGAUAUCAUGUCUUUGAUCAGAGUUCACGCUAGUCUUGUUUUUCUUUUUGGACACUGACUUUCCUAAGUCAGUCUGACUGUGCCUUAUUACUAUAAUAAAUAUGACGUUUAAGAAAAUUAGAAUUUAAGAUAAAUUACUAAACUUUUGUGUAAACAUUCCAUUACAUGUACGUUCAUUCAUUCAUAUAUAUUUUCUUAUUUAAGAGAAUGGCAAUAUAGCUGUUAGUUCUUUCAUACUUCUUUUCUAAGGACAAAGUUAUCAUGUGAAGUAUUUGACAUGUGUACUUAAUGUGCAAGCGUCGUUUGUACGGAAUAGAUCUCAGGACUCAAAUAAAUAUUUCUCUUACGUUUAUUA